AUGGAGCCGAUCAAAGUACUUGGAAUUCACGGGCCCAACGCUGGCAAAGUUAUUCUCCUCUGUGAGGAGCUAGGUCUGCCAUAUGAGACCGAAGUCAUCCCACUUAACGAUGUCAAGAAUCCCAACUACGUCGCCAUCAACCCAAAUGGGCGCCUGCCGUCUAUCCAGGACCCAAACACAGACCUCACGCUGUGGGAGUCGGGCGCUAUUAUCGAGUACUUGACAGAGAAAUAUGAUACCGACUACAAGCUAAGCUUUACCACUGGCCAGGGACCGUACUACGGGCAGGCGAUGUGGUUUAUUAUAUAUCAACCGCUUCCCGAAGCGCGCGAACGCUACGUCAAGGAGGUUAAUCGCGUGACUGGAGUACUGGAGGGGCAUCUGGCAAAGCAAAAGCCCGACGCGGACGGCAACUCCUGGUUUCUAGGUGGCCGCCUCUCCUACCUGGACAUCGCCUUCUUUACGUGGCAGAACACAGCCGAGCCGCGAAUUCCGAAUGAAGAGUUCAACCAGGAUGACUACCCGCACGUCAAGAAGUGGCUUGACAACAUGCUCUCGCGACCGAGUGUGAAGAAGCUUCUGAAGCUCCAAGAAGCUAAAUAA